AUGUCUGACUACAAGCCGACUGAACACGACGGCCUCAAGCAGGACGGCACGCCGGACAAGCGUGUUGGCACUGGACAAUUCGCCCAGGGCAAGGUCGACCCCCAUGAGGCUGGUGCGCAGGGUGGAAAGAGCAGCGGUACCCCCGGAGGCGCGGACACGGGCUCCGACGCCACCGGCGGUGAUUACAAGCCCACUGAGAACGAUGGUCUGCGCAAGGAUGGACAGCCUGAUGGGCGGGUCAAGGGCAACUAG